AUGGCAGGUCCCGGGGGACCUAGAACUGGUGGUCCAUCACGACAUGAUGUUCAUCCCGCUAUGCGGAUGGCCCAGCAACAGGCAGCCGAGACGCAAUCCAGUGGACGUGGAUCGUUCACAUGGAUGUUGCCUCUUUAUACCGUAGGAGUGGUGAUAUUCCUUCUGUAUACCCUGUUUAAGACAAAAGGCAAGAAGAAAAGACGAUACUCGCUAUGGUUCCUUCAGACGAGAGCUCAGAUGACGACGACGUGUACAACAGCCGACUCAAAAAGAAAAUCGGUCCGUUACAGUAAACGAAAACUACGCAGUCUCCAAGAACGACUGCAACAAACCGAAGAAGCGAUGAGUAAAAUUCUUGAGCAACUGGAAGCUGUACAAGCAGCUGGAGCCCUUGCUGAGGGUGAACUGUCGUGUCAAUCGAAAGUAAAAGAUGGGGAGAAACCAGAAGCUGCAGUCGAAGUGAACUCGAAAAAUGAGCAAUACAUCAACGACUUAGAAAAAGCCUUGAGAGACUUCAAGGAAAAAAGAACGAAGAAGUCUGAAGAGGACGACAGUGGUGCUUCGGAAGAGGAAUCACCGAAGGAGAACCAAAGCAAACAAAAAGUUGAUCUCGCUGAGGAGGAAACGGCACCCGUCGAGUCUUCCAUUGAAUCAAAGGAGACGACGAAGUCAGCAAAGCAGCUACGACGACGACCAAAGAAGGAC